CUUGUGACCACACCGAGCAAAAACGUGACCACACCGAGCAAAAACGUAACAACGCAUAAACAAACAUGUGAUUAGAAUUUUAGUAGUAUGCUUUUUCGCUCGGUUCGCGUAAUCUUGGUGGGCUCACUGUCUCAAUUUUGCGAAGCCAACUUCGAGAUUAAAUUGAAUGAUAAAGCACCAUGACUAGGAUGAUGGGUAAAAAAAAUUGACACCGCGAUCUACGAUAAGUGACGCGAGAAAUGGAUCCCGUCUUUACGAAUAUUGAUGAGGUCAAUAGAUUACCAAGCGAGCAGUUUAUUAAAAUAUUCGGAAAUGUUGUGGAACACCAUCCGGCUGCCGCCAUACAAAUAUUGAAAAACCGACCUUUUAGGGAUGCGGGUUCCAUUUCGCAUGCUGUUAACAACUAUUUAGACUCGCUCAGCGAGCAUGAGGUGAGGAACAUUUUGCAAUAUAUUCCCGAAUUGGCUGGAAAAUUGGCAGAUUUGGGAAAAAUGAGUCUCGAAUCGACUUACGAACAAUCAUCGGCGGGUUUGUUGGCAAUCCCCCCAGACACCAAACAGAAACUUUCUUUUAUGAAUGAACAGUACAGAAUCAAAUUUGGAUUUCCUUAUAUAAUUUGCGUACGAGAAAAAAACAGUCUUGGUGAAAUAUUGGACGAUAUUCAAGCUCGCUUAAAAAACGGCGGGGAAGAAGAGCUGUCGUCGGCGUUAGAAGAGGUGAAAAAGAUAUUUUUCAGUCAAGGUAUAUUGGAGACCACAGCAACUUCAGUUUCUUAAUUUCAAGCUGCACACAAGCGUUUGCUUACCCAUCUUGGGUGUGGUGUAAUCAAUUAUAUGUAAACAUUUUUUGACCGAAUAAAUAUUUACCGUUCUUCGUCAAUUUUUAAAAAAUGGUGUAAAUACGUUCUUAAAAUAAG